AGUGAUACAGUAAUACGAGCUCAGUAUUGUGAGUACAUCUGCAGAAGUCAAAGUAAAUUGAUGAUUGCUGUUAUAUCUUUUUUUCGAAUACUGUCAUAAAUUGAUGUGUCAUCCUGCAAAGAUGGUAUUUUUAAAGAAUCUUUUAAAAUAACAUAGUGUGAAGGUAUCGAUGCUACGUUGUAGGCCCAAAAACAUUUGCAUCCUUAGGCAAUUACGAGAUUUCUUGCAUUUUAAAAUGUUUGGAUUCGAUGUAAGUGUUUGUAUAUUUUGCUAACACAAUGCUUUCACAUUUGAUAAUAUAUAAAAGUUUUCCGAUAUUUAUCAAUGUGUUAUGAGCCAGAUAAUCCAAUAACUGAGUCUAUGUGGAAAGUGUGGAAUAACAGCUUGUUCAUUUGCAUAUAAAUAUAUUUUACUGUAAAAGAAAUAUUGUUAUGUAUUAAUACAUAUAUUCUUAAAAUGCUGACUAUUCUUUUUUAUUAUUUAAACAUUUUCGCUCUGGUUUGUUUGUUUUGUCUGGUUUUCCAGAAUGAUCUACAUGUCGAAGUCAGUGUUAAAUAAAAAAUCGGUUUGCAACUAAAAUCUGAUUCACUAAAGAUUCGCUGUCAUGCUUUCACGCUCUCAACCUAUUUUGGAUCUCAUAUGAAUCUAUGCCCACAUAAGCAUAUCUCAAAGUGUCAAGGCAAAAACAUGUGCUUUUUCCCCCCAGGCACUGAUAAGAGAGGAAAACUAUUUUGCAAGAGGAUAUAGACAACACAAAUUGCCCAUAAGCAUACUGUCUGUCUAUUCAGGUUUCCAUUCUUACAUAACAAGGAAAUUACUGCCUUAUGUGUAUCUAGUUCUGUAUUGUGAGAGGGACUUUCAGCAUUUUCUGUUCUGUUUUGUUCCACAGUUUCUAAAUCUAUUUUAAACCUGUCAUCUUUUACUGUUGUACUUUCUGUAUUGAAAAUGAAGCUGUAAAAAAUAUCUGGUUUAAUACUGUAUAUCAAUGCCCUUUGAAUAGGUACCAUUCAUAUGCCUAAAAAAUUGAAGUAGCUAAACUAUGUCGUAAACCCAAAAAUUAAAAUGUGCAUAACGAACAAAGCAGAACUUAUGAUUUUUUCUUUGUUUUUUUCUUUAGCGGCUGUGCUGCCCACCUUCCAAGCUACGCCGUCUGUUCUCUACGUCAAAAUCAACGGCUCGGAAAGUAUGUCCUGUGAAUGUCCAGAUCACUCCUGCCAGGAGGUUUUUUGGUACCGAUACCUUGAGAGGACAAAGACUCUUCAGUUCCUCUUGUAUGUCAACAGCGCUGGCAGAGAGCAACAUGCAGAAAACCUGAACGCCACUCGUUUCAAGGGCUCGGUGUCCUCCGGACAGAAGGUGGUCUACACCCUGCGUAUAACAGGACUACAGAAGGAUGAAAUGGGCCUCUAUUCCUGCAUGUUUAAAACUAAAAAUGUUAUGCCUGUUGGAUAUUACAUAAUGCCUGGAGUGAAUCCUCCGACAGUUCAGCCACCAACAGUCACGACCAAGAGACCCAAGAGGAUCUGUAAUUGCAAACCCCCCAGCUCUCCUAAAGGCUGUGAACAAUCAGUGCUUUGGCCGGGCAUUGGUGCUCUUUUGCUUUUGGCCGUUACACUUGCUGGCACACUUUACUACUUCAGUCGUCUACCUAAGAAGUGCAGACAUCGAUUUACCAAGACGAAUCAGUUGCGAUGAGGUGGAAGAACACACUCUUCAUGUCAAAACAAAUGCAGUGGUCUUUUUUCUCUCCAAAGUGUGGACCUGUCGAUGUCUCAGAAAUUUUGCCAUGGUUUCACAAAUAUCAAAUAUAUUGGGGUUUAGAAUGUAAAAAAUGUGUGUAUUUAAAAACAAUAACUUAAAUUUACAGUUCAGUGUUCAGUGUCUUCUGACUUAAACCAGAGCAGAACAUAGCACCAGGAUCACCACAGAACUGAACUCACUCUAAACUUGGACUAACCUCAGCUGUCUUAAACGAGCUUUGAGUUUUGUUCUUGCCAGUACAGUAUGCUUAAUUUGUAACUGAAUGUACAGUUUUCUAAUUUUGAUGUUCUUUUUAUGCUGUCGUCUUAUGCUUUCAUGUUAUGCUCAUUAAAUAGUUAUUUUAAUCAA